UAUAUAUAGGAGAUUGUAGUCCACUUUCAAUCUUCGAAGAGGGACAAAAACGAAGCCAAAAUGAGCGUCAUGGGCAGAGUCCUGUUUUUAGUGGCUGCUGCUCAGUUUUUCACUUCAAUAAUCUGCGAUGCAAAUGUUCCUUCAGUUUGCGGCGACUGGUCACUCCAGUACAUCUUUUUGCUGUCACCUUCUUUAGGGCAACUACCGUACCUAACAAAAUAUUUGAAUAGCAUCAAGUCAGCGGCGAUUUUGAAAAAUACGGAAUACGAUGGCUUCUUGCAAGUGUUAUGUGAACCGCGAGACUGGGAGGAUAUUUAUCGUCAUACAAUCGAGUGGGACGUUUAUUUGGCACAUUCCGCUUUUUGUAUCGACAAAAGUGAGUUUUCCGCACUACAAUUACGUCUCCACCGUAAUAAAGGUAAAAAAGUUUUGACAAACGCGGCUCUGAGGAAUCUUAUAAAUCGUCAAACUAUAAGUUCAUUCAUUAAUAAUGACAAUAAAAAUUAUAUCGACAAAAAUAAUUUGGAGACAAUGUCGAACAGCGAGGUUCUCAGAGAUCUGAAAAAAGUUAGAAAAAUAAAUUCUACAACAUCCGACGUUCUUCUGAGCUUGUCUGAGAUCUUCAGAAAUGUAGAUAUAAAAAAUCUCCUGAUUAGAAAACGCCGAUCAGCCGUUGAACGCGUGACCGAUCUUUCUGUGGUCAAGAAAAGGUCCAGUAAAACUACCCCGGGUAGAUCGGCGUCGUUGAAAAAAUCUAUUUGCGACGAUCACAAUUCCGAUGGCAAUAAAAAAAAAAUUACAACUUCCGGUGGUUCGCAGUCCAGAGGUUCUUCGUCAGCAAAAAAAAAUAGCGCUUCAAGGACUAAAAGAGAGGAACCCACCAGCACUCCAGCUACCAGCGACCUUAAUCGUGUUCCGGUGAAAAGAGCCGUUAAAAGAGGACGAGGACGUACAGCGUCGGCCACUGAUGCUCCGGAUCCAAGUUCAACCCCCUCGUCUCGACAAAACGUUGACGACGACGAUGCCGAACUUUCAAUUACAACGACGCAAAGUGCUGCAAAAUCUAAAAGACGUUAUGGAUCACGUCGUGGAUCAUCAUCUCGUGAUGAAGUUGGAGAAACUACAACCGAAGGAAGUUCUGCAAGAUACCGUAACCGUUAUCGCGAUGAAGUUGGAGAAACACCUACAACCGAAGGAAGUUCGUCACGAUACCGUAAUCGUUAUCGCGAUGAUUCUGGAGACGAUGACGAAGCUACUGCUACUGCAACUGCGUCACCCGAUGGUAAAAAAAGGGUGAAAUAUGGGAAAAAAUCGUGCACGCUUACUGCAUACCAAAAACGCAACGGCGUUCGUCUGCCUCCCGGAUGUGAAAGAGAUCCGGAUAACGAUGAUGAUGCUGACGACGAUGCCGAUCUCAAGGAUUCAGGUUCUCCUGAUAUCAAUGAUGCUGGCUCGCCACCCAACGUCGAUUGCGUUGUUUUAGACAAGGGUAUGCUUGACGACGUUUCUGCUUAUGUCUAUAAUUUAUACAGAUGGCUCAACAAUCUUCAAAAGAAGAGAAUGAGAAGACCCUAAUAAUGAGGAUCAUUUCUUGAAAUUUAUUAAAACAGUCGGCAAUUCUAUUAUAUUAAUUAGGUAUAUAUUUACAAACUAUUUCUGCAAACUUAACAAUUUCUAAUUAAUAAUACAAAUUUAUCGAUAUCAGUAAUAUGAAUAUACUAUCGUAUAUGUAUCUAUAUUUCAUUAUGAAUCCCUAAUCAUUUAUGUAAAUUUAUGUAAUUACAUGUAUCUUCAUGCGUAUAUAAAUGAACAAAAUAAGAAAAAAACUGUCUGGGGGUCGAA